GGCCCAUCAAUGCUGUGUCCAAGCACAGGAGCUCAACGCACACCCCUAAAUCUAAUCGCAAGCAUCUCGAUUCCGGGAAGUCCUGCAACAUCUCGAAACCUCGGCCACUUUCCCGCCUUCACUCAUCAAAACACGGACACUAAGGGCCUUCUCUCCGUUUUUAAAGUGGACCUAACACCGCCUUACUUUCUUGACAUGGGAGACAUGGGGGAUCCACUUAAAAAAAAACGUAUUAUCUCGUUGUGCGUCGGCUGUGGGAAUCAAAUCCAGGACCAGUAUAUUCUGCGAGUGUCUCCGGACCUUGAGUGGCACGCGGCAUGUUUGAAAUGUGCAGAAUGUAACCAGUAUCUGGACGAGUCCUGUACAUGUUUUGUCCGAGACGGAAAAACGUACUGUAAACGGGACUACAUCAGGUUAUACGGGAUAAAAUGCGCUAAAUGCAACAUCGGUUUCAGCAAAAAUGACUUCGUCAUGAGAGCGCGCUCGAAGGUUUAUCAUAUCGAGUGUUUCAGAUGUGUGGCGUGUAGUCGGCAGCUCAUCCCCGGAGACGAGUUCGCUCUGCGGGAAGAUGGGCUCUUCUGCAGGGCCGAUCAUGACGUGGUGGAGCGGGCAACAAUGGGUGCUGGUGACCCGUUAAGCCCAUUACAUCCGGCGAGACCUUUACAAAUGGCAGCAGAGCCCAUUUCGGCACGUCAGCCUGCGCUUCGACCUCAUGUGCACAAGCAGCCUGAGAAAACAACCCGCGUCCGGACAGUCCUCAACGAAAAACAGCUCCAUACCUUGAGGACUUGUUACAAUGCCAACCCUCGACCCGACGCUCUCAUGAAAGAGCAGCUCGUUGAGAUGACGGGUCUCAGCCCCAGAGUCAUCAGGGUUUGGUUUCAAAACAAACGCUGCAAGGACAAAAAGAGGAGCAUACUGAUGAAACAACUCCAGCAGCAGCAACCCAAUGACAAAAUGAACAUCCAGGGGAUGACAGGCACUCCAAUGGUGGCGACCAGUCCAGAGAGGCACGACGGUGGUUUGCAGGGAAAUCAAGUGGAGGUGCAGAGUUACCAACCGCCUUGGAAAGUCCUGAGUGACUUCGCACUGCAGAGUGACAUCGACCAGCCUGCUUUCCAGCAUCUGGUGAAUUUAUCUGAAGGAGGGCCAGGCUCAAACUCCACUGGGAGCGAGGUCGCCUCAAUGUCCUCACAACUGCCAGAUACACCAAAUAGCAUGGUAGCGAGUCCUAUAGAGGCCUAGGCCAGUGGAUUACGAUCCUGUACCUGAAGGAUGGGAAACGAAGUUUCGGGGAACCAAUCUCAGUGAUGGAGUUGUGAAGUCUCUUCCAUCCCUAUUUAAUUUAGGGCCAUUCUUGAAUAAAACCCAUCCUCCAACUGAAGCCUCUUUAACGAAACAACCAUUGGUUGUAUUUAUACACUGUGAUGACAAUCAUGGGAUUUAAACACACUCCGUUGUACCGAGCAAGUCCGACUAGUGCUGCGCAAAGACCAUUUCAUGAGUAUAUGAUGAGAAGUUGCAAACUCCAGCGAAAGUGGACCAAGCCGGCGCACAUAUUCAUAUAGCGAACUUGAAUUGAUCAUUGCAGUGCACCGUGGUGCGGCCGAGGGGACCUGGUCGGCCACACUUUUGCCAAAUACUCCUCCGCAUUUCCCCCCAUUUUUACUACAAUUCAAUGGACCUCUGUGGAUAUAAGAAGCAAGAGAACUUAGUCUAAUAUAUACGUUCGCACUGUUGUGCGAAACGCGAGUAGCCUAUAAUGAAAAAAUGACUGCUUAUUCUGUUUCUAUUAAAUAGAUCGAAAUGGACUAGUUCACAAAUAAGACGUUUUGAAGAGGGUAUAUGGCAGCCGAGGUCUACUGCGAUUACAGUUUUUAUCGGUCCCUUUUCAAGCCCAAGUACUGCUAAAGCAUUGCAACAAGGUAUACCUCUAUUUUGCCACAAGCAGUGUGGGAAUUUCAUGUGUUCGUGUCCGUCCAAUAUUGUUUUUCUUUCCCAAAGAUGUGUAUAUAUUUAAGUUAAUAUGACUGAUUAGAUCUGGAGGUUUCUGUAUAGAUUUAAGUUAAUAUGACUGAUUAGAUCUGGCGGUUUCUGUUUUGUUCCUGUAUUGCAAAUAUUUUGUUAUUUAUUGUCAAUAGACAUGCCACUUUGGUGUACUUUUACUUGCUGAAGUAAAAAGGAAGGAAAGAAAAUA